AUGACCGCGGGAGGGAAGGCCGCGGACAGUAAACAAAUAAUGUAUAGUUCGGCUGACCAGGUCAAAGGAGGGACGGAGGUUUUUGGGUCAACAAAAGUAGCCAGGUGCAAUGUCCCCCGGCGACGUCUGUCACAGAUCAACAGAUUGACUCGUGAUCUGGGCCGGGGAAACGUGACAGGAAUGAAAAUCAGAAUGCGCACUCUGCAGAGUGCAACAUCGCAUAAUGCAAAGAGCAAGAAGGGGGAAGGAUAUGGUCCACAUGAUUUGAUACGCCUUGGAAGUGUAAUCCAACGGGGCCAAUCGAAUGAUGUUGUGCGAUUCAUCGAUUGUUCUUUCGAAGCCGCCGGAUGCGCAAGGUUGCAUUCCCUGGGAGUAAACGCCCAGCGUGGUGAGUCCAACGCCAAUUUUGGGCGUGGGAUGCCAUUAGCGCAUCUGAUAGGCUAUCUGUAUCGAAACUCGACACGUCCUAUCCCGUCGUUCGCGGCCGGGAUGCCGUGUGUCACAUGCAACCUGGCUUUUGGUGCUUUACAGGAAUCCCGAUUCAGAAAGCAGUCUACGCAGUUCAGAAAACGGUUUGUUAGUCUUCAAGUCAUUCCGAACUCCAACAAAAAAACAAGUCAAUGGUUCUCAAGAAGAUAA